GAGACUCAUCAGCUGGCAAGAAGGAUUCUCCGUGUCUCUGGGUUCAGGAAUCCUCUGGCAGCAGAGGGGACGUGCUCCCCAGUCCCCAUCUCUGUCCCCACCUCUAUCCCGGCAGGCCCAUGGACUGGGGAGGGCCACGUCUGAUAGCUCCAGUGUCUGUCCGAGAGGGCCGGCAGCCCUGACCCUCCUGCCUAGGCUUCUGCCUUUGCUCUCUGUCUUCGGCCAGCUGGGGAGGGGGUAGAGGCCUUGAGCAACAUGGCCCAGAGCAAGAGGCACGUGUAUAGCCGGGUAACACCCAGCGGCAGCAGGAUGAGCGCAGAGGCGAGUGCCCGGCCUCUGCGAGUGGGCUCUCGUGUGGAGGUGAUUGGAAAAGGGCACCGAGGCACUGUGGCUUACGUCGGAGCCACACUCUUUGCCACUGGCAAAUGGGUCGGCGUGAUCCUGGAUGAAGCAAAGGGCAAGAACGAUGGGACUGUCCAAGGCAGGAAGUACUUCACGUGUGAGGAAGGGCACGGCAUCUUUGUGCGCCAGUCCCAGAUCCAGGUGUUUGAAGAUGGUGCAGAUACUACUUCCCCAGAGACACCUGAUUCUUCUGCCUCAAAGGCCCUCAGAAGAGAGGGAACUGACUCAGCUACAAAGACCAGCAAACUGCGGGGACUGAAGCCUAAGAAGGCACCGACAGCCCGAAAGACCACAGCUCGGCGGCCCAAGCCAACCCGCCCGGCCAGUAGUACUGGGGUUGCGGGAGCCAGUAGCUCCCUGGGCCCCUCUGGCUCGGCAUCAGCGGGUGAGCUGAGUAGCAGUGAGCCCAGCACCCCGGCUCAGACUCCGCUGGCAGCGCCCAUCAUCCCCACACCAGCCCUCACCUCUCCUGGAGCAGCACCCCCACUUCCUUCCCCCUCCAAGGAAGAGGAGGGGCUGAGGGCCCAGGUGCGGGACCUGGAGGAGAAGCUGGAGACCCUACGACUGAAACGGGCAGAAGACAAGGCAAAGCUAAAAGAGUUGGAGAAACACAAGAUCCAGCUGGAGCAGGUGCAAGAAUGGAAGAGCAAAAUGCAGGAACAGCAGGCCGACCUGCAGCGGCGCCUCAAAGAGGCGCGGAAGGAAGCCAAGGAGGCACUGGAGGCAAAGGAGCGCUACAUGGAAGAGAUGGCCGACACUGCCGAUGCCAUUGAGAUGGCCACUCUGGACAAGGAGAUGGCUGAGGAGCGGGCCGAGUCCCUGCAGCAGGAGGUGGAGGCGCUGAAGGAGCGUGUGGAUGAGCUCACCACUGACUUGGAGAUUCUCAAGGCUGAGAUUGAAGAGAAGGGCUCAGAUGGGGCUGCAUCCAGUUACCAACUCAAGCAACUCGAGGAGCAGAAUGCCCGCCUGAAGGAUGCCCUGGUGAGGAUGCGGGAUCUCUCUUCCUCAGAGAAGCAGGAGCAUGUGAAACUCCAGAAACUCAUGGAAAAGAAGAACCAAGAGCUGGAAGUUGUUAGGCAACAGCGGGAGCGGCUGCAGGAGGAGCUGAGCCAGGCAGAGAGCACCAUUGAUGAGCUCAAGGAACAGGUGGAUGCUGCCCUGGGUGCUGAGGAGAUGGUGGAGAUGCUGACAGACCGGAACCUGAAUCUGGAAGAGAAAGUGCGGGAAUUGAGAGAGACCGUGGGGGACUUGGAAGCGAUGAAUGAGAUGAACGAUGAGCUGCAGGAGAAUGCACGAGAGACAGAACUGGAGCUGCGGGAGCAGCUGGACAUGGCAGGCGCCCGGGUCCGGGAGGCCCAGAAGCGUGUGGAGGCAGCUCAGGAGACAGUUGCAGACUAUCAGCAAACCAUCAAGAAAUACCGCCAGCUGACUGCCCACCUGCAGGAUGUGAAUCGGGAACUAACAAACCAGCAGGAAGCAUCUGUGGAGCGGCAGCAGCAGCCACCCCCGGAAAACUUUUGACUUCAUAAGUUUGCUGAGACGAAGGCUCAUGCCAAGGCAAUUGAGAUGGAACUGAGGCAGAUGGAGGUGGCCCAGGCCAACCGGCACAUGUCCCUGCUCACAACCUUCAUGCCAGACAGUUUUCUUCGGCCUGGUGGGGACCAUGACUGCGUCCUGGUGCUGCUGCUCAUGCCUCGUCUCAUUUGCAAGGCAGAGCUGAUUCGAAAGCAGGCCCAGGAGAAGUUUGAACUGAGUGAGAACUGUACAGAGCGGCCUGGUCUUCGAGGAGCUGCGGGGGAGCAGCUCAGCUUUGCCGCCGGGCUGGUGUACUCGCUGACUCUGCUGCAGGCCACGCUGCACCGCUAUGAGCAUGCCCUCUCCCAGUGCAGCGUGGAUGUGUAUAAGAAGGUGGGCAGCCUCUACCCUGAGAUGAGUGCCCAUGAGCGCUCCUUGGACUUCCUCAUUGAGCUGUUGCACAAGGACCAGCUGGAUGAGACUGUCAAUGUUGAACCUCUCACUAAAGCCAUCAAGUACUACCAGCAUCUGUACAGCAUCCACCUUGCCGAACAGCCUGAGGACAGUACCAUGCAGCUGGCAGACCACAUAAAGUUCACCCAGAGUGCCCUGGACUGCAUGGGCGUGGAGGUGGGGCGACUGCGUGCUUUCUUGCAGGGUGGGCAGGAGGCUUCAGAUAUUGCCCUCCUGCUCCGGGACUUGGAAACAUCUUGCAGUGACAUCCGCCAGUUUUGCAAGAAGAUCCGAAGGCGAAUGCCAGGGACAGAUGCUCCUGGGAUCCCAGCUGCACUGGCCUUUGGACCACAGGUAUCCGACACACUCCUUGACUGCAGGAAACACUUGACAUGGGUGGUGGCUGUGCUGCAGGAGGUGGCAGCUGCCGCUGCCCAGCUCAUCGCCCCCCUGGCGGAAAAUGAAGGCCUGCCUGUGGCUGCCCUAGAGGAGCUGGCUUUCAAAGCAAGCGAGCAGAUCUAUGGGAGCCCCUCCAGCAGCCCCUACGAGUGUCUGCGUCAGUCCUGCACCAUCCUCAUCAGUACCAUGAACAAGUUAGCCACAGCCAUGCAGGAGGGAGAGUAUGAUGCCGAGCGGCCCCCCAGCAAGCCUCCCCCCGUUGAGCUGCGGGCUGCAGCCCUUCGUGCAGAGAUCACGGAUGCUGAAGGCCUGGGUUUGAAGCUUGAAGAUCGGGAGACAGUUAUCAAGGAGCUGAAGAAGUCACUCAAGAUCAAGGGGGAGGAGCUGAGUGAGGCUAACGUGCGGCUGAGCCUCCUGGAGAAGAAGCUGGACAGUGCCGCCAAGGACGCAGAUGAGCGCAUCGAGAAAGUCCAGAACCGGCUGGAGGAGACCCAGGCACUGCUGCGGAAGAAGGAGAAGGAUUUUGAGGAGACAAUGGAUACCCUCCAGGCUGACAUCGACCAGCUGGAGGCAGAGAAGACAGAGCUGAAGCACCGGCUGAACAGUCAGUCCAAGCGCACAAUCGAGGGGCUGCGGGGGCCCCCUCCUUCGGGUAUUGCUACACUGGUCUCUGGCAUUGCUGGUGAAGAACAGCAGCGAGGAGGCGCCCCUGGGCAGGUGCUGGGGUCUGUGCCAGGUCCGGGGCUGGUGAAGGACUCGCCACUGCUGCUUCAGCAGAUCUCUGCCAUGAGGCUGCACAUCUCCCAGCUCCAGCAUGAGAACAGCAUCCUCAAGGGCGCACAGAUGAAGGCCUCCUUAGCAGCCCUGCCCCCUCUGCAUGUGGCAAAGCUCUCCACCCCGCCCCAUGAGGGCCCUGGCAGAGAAUUAGCAACUGGAGCGCUGUAUCGUAAGACCAGCCAGCUGCUGGAAACGUUGAAUCAGCUGAGCACACACACUCAUGUAGUAGACAUCACUCGCACCAACCCUGCUGCCAAGAGCCCGUCGGCCCAGCUCCUGGAGCAAGUGGCUCAACUCAAGUCCCUAAGCGACACCAUCGAGAAGCUCAAGGAUGAGGUCCUCAAGGAGACGGUAUCGCAGUGCCGCGGAGCCACAGUCCCCACUGACUUCGCCACCUUCCCUUCCUCAGCUUUCCUCAGGGCCAAGGAGGAGCAGCAGGACGACACUGUCUACAUGGGCAAAGUGACCUUCUCGUGUGCGGCUGGCCUUGGACAGCGACACCGGCUGGUGCUGACCCAGGAGCAGCUGCACCAGCUGCACCGUCGCCUCAUCUGAAUUCUCCUUUCCCACUGUCCCCUCUGCCCUCAGCCCCCUGGUGCCACUCUGCCCGAUGCACAGCCCCCUCAGUCGGCCCCCGGGUAGAAGCGUGUGUGUCAGGCUGUUCCGGCCCCCAUUUAGCUUCACUCCACCUGUCAAGGCCUUGCCCCUGCCCCUCGACCUGGGCUCCCCCAUUUCCAGUCCCUGGCCUCCGCCAGAAUUUGCUGUCCAGCUGCUCCCUCCUUCCUGAGGGCCUUCAGGGCAUGUGGGGGAUAGGCUGAGACCCUCUCACCAAAGGUUGAGUGACGUCCCCCAGAUUGAGGACUUCACCCCUUGAUUAAAGCAACAUAUGCUUCAGUG